AUGGCUGAACGUCGCAAACUGCUGGGACAUAUACUGUUGUAUAUUUCACUAUGUAGAGCGGUAUUUGGAAUCACUACACGCACGCCGAUAACGUUGAUAAAUAAUGGAUACACUGGUUUGUUGAUAGCCAUCCACGAACAGGUACCGGAAAAUUUAGAAAUUCUAAACCGGCUUCAAAUUACUGAUUUUUGUGACGAUGACGGAGACCCAGAUGCCAUACACAACCAACUAGCCAACAAUCAACAGAAUAAACAAUGUGGCCAUAGAAGUAACUGGGCAGUCAUGAACGAUCAUACCGACUUUGCUGAUAAUACACCACUGGGUGGUGCUGACACGUUGCCAAUAUUUACAAUCGUAAAAGCACGUGACAGACGAACGGUGUUGAUCAUGGAUGUGUCUGGCAGCAUGUUCCUAAAUGACAGACUAAAUAUGUUGGUGCAGGCAGCUACUAGGUAUAUCCGUCACACCUUACCCCUGGGUAGUUGGUUGGGUUUGGUGGAAUUCAGUACAUCGUCAAGGACUACAUCACCUUUGACGCAAAUAACAAACGAUCAAGUGAGAGAAGAUCUGAUUGCAUUGCUUCCUGUGCGGGCUAAUGGCAAUACUUGUAUUGGAUGUGGUAUACUGGAAGGAAUUCAGGUAUUGGAAAAUAGCACAGAAGGCACAGAAGGUGGUAUAUUAUUUAUCAUCUCGGAUGGCGAGGAAAACAUAGAACCUUAUCUUAAUGAUGUAAUGUACAACGUCACGGAAAGUCAAACUAUUGUAGAUACAUUAGCUUUUAGCGAGCAGGCGGAUUUCCAACUUACCUCCCUUUCAACAGCCACAGGUGGAAAGUCAAAUUACUACUCUGAGUCACCAACAUCGACGGCACUGCACGACGGAUUCACUACCUGUGUUAUUGACAGAGAACUAAAUAGCUAUGGAGCCCCGGUCCAGCAAGUUCUUCUUUUUCUCCGAGAGUUCAGUACACCAGACAGUUCUGUAACAGUAGAUCUGACGUCUCCAUCAGGAGGUGUGGUUAUCAAUGAAGACUCUCCAGAAUACAGCUAUGAUAAGAGAACAAAGACGACUACAAUACAUCUUGAGGGACAAUCAGAGGUUGGUUCUUGGGCAUAUAUAAUUAGAAAUGGUGAUCAAAGUUCUAGGUUAAUUGAAAUUUCUAUCGAAUCAAGGUCUGGUGAUAACGAAAUGGGCCCAAUGAAAUUAACAUCAAGCGUGGGUUCAGCAUUGAUUGAUACAACGCCGCCUCAGACAGUUGUAUAUGCUGAACUACGAAGAGGUCACUCGGCAGUCAUCAAUGCCAAUGUGGUAGCUACAGUUGAACGACCGGACAACAAUGCUGAUGUGAGACUACAACUACUGGAUAAUGGGGGAGGCGCUGAUGUAACCAAAGAAGACGGCGUGUAUUCUGCAUAUUUCUUGGACUUUGUAAAAACAGACGACUGUAUCAAUAUAUGUAGAUACACAGUGAAAGUUGAGGCUAAUGACGAUUAUGGUACCGCCGGUAUCCAGGAAUACGUAAUGGGAAGCGGAGCUCUUCCCACCAACUACAGUGCGAUACCGUCUAGUUUUGGCCAAGAACCAACGCCUAUUGGUGAGUUUGAUCGCACUGCCACUGGCGGAGUAAUACAACUUGAUGACAGUAUUGAAAUUGGCGAAGAACACAUGAACAUAGAUCUGUAUCCUCCUUCUAGAAUUGCAGAUUUGAAAAUUACAAAUUUUGCAUAUGCAGACUGUGUGCAAUUGGGAUGGACGGCGAGUGGCGAUGACUUUGAUCAGGGAACUGCAACAUCUUAUGACCUUCGUACCAGUACAACAUUCUUUGAGCUAAAAUCAAAUUUCUCCCAAUGUCUACGUAUACACGACUCUGAUCUAAUAGAAGGCACACUGUUAUCGCCACAUACAGCAGGUUCCCAGGAGUCCGUCACUGUGUCAAUACCGACUACUACGAACAGAAACAUGACGUACUACUUCGCAAUUGUGGCCAUAGACGAGGCAGCCAAUCACGGUGAUAUAUCAGUCAUAGCAUCGAUUUCUGCUACCAUGGCUGCGGGUGGAGAGACAAUAGAAGAUUCUACACUUGAAAUGUGGCUCAUUGUCCUCGUAUGUCUUAUCUGUGCAGCGAUAAUCAUAAUGAUUAUUGGCUUUGUCGCUUUCUCACUUAGCAAGAAUGGAAAAGACGAAGUAAUUUCAUUACAAAGUGACAUCGAUGUGGAGAUAUCGAAUGAAUUUAUUCACACAUCCCGAUCUAUUCAUCCCAUAGUGUAA